AUGUCUCUCUCCCGUCGCGCAACAUUCCAUUCCACCCUUAUCGACGAUGAUAUUCAACCUCUCACACCGGAAGAGAUCCAGUCCUUUUUAGAUGAACUGGACCACAACAACGAUGGGAUCAUCCAAUACAGUGAAGUCGAAUCAGCUUUGGAUAGGGUAAAUGAUGAAUUGACACCUACCCCAAAACCACACAAUAUCAAUCAUCCUUCCAAAGAAGAACAUGCUAGACAUGCCUUUCUCCGUGAGUUGUUGGGUACCACGUCAGACACAAACCCCAGCUCGAUCUCGAGAGAUGAAUUUGCAGAUAGGAUAGAACUGUGGAAGAUACCUAGUAUGACCCAAUCGAGAUCCACCGAAGAGGCCGACCUGGAAUAUAUGAGCUCUAUAGGUUGGUGGCGAAGGUUCAGAUCAUGGUGGGCAGUCAAAGGUCCUGAAGUCAUGUUUCUAGUAAUCGUAUCAGCAAGCAUAGUAGGAAUGAUGCUUUGGCAAUCACUCAAGUAUAGUCUCGAUCCAGAUUACAGAGCAGCCUUUGGAUGGGGUGUAGUCCUAGCUAAAACUUGUGCUGGUGGAUUAUAUUUCACAAUGUUUUUCUUGAUAUCAAGUAUGUCAAGGUAUUUCUCAACAUUCCUUAGAAGAUGGUAUUACCUCUCGAGAUUCAUCAAUCCGGAUCUCAGUCAAUCAUUUCAUAUCAAGAUUUCGAUCCUCGCUAUAACGCUAUCUACACUUCACGCAAUAGGUCAUUUAGGAGGUACAUUCGUUUAUGGAUCGAAACUCGCUCGUCAAGAUGCUGUAGCGGCGAUCCUAUCCCCCGAACUGGUUCCUCGACCAUACCAGGCUUAUCUUAGAUCAUUACCUGGAAUUACCGGUUUAACAGCCCUAGGUUUAUUCUACACAUUAGCUGGGUUAAGUAUUCCUCAAGUCCGAAAGUGGAAUUACGAAGUAUUCCAAUUAGGUCAUCUGUUAAUGUACCCCAUCAUUGGAUUGUUGAUGGCUCACGGUACCUCGAGAUUACUCCAAUUCCCUAUGUUAGGUUAUUUCCUGGCGUUUCCUACCUUGCUUGUCCUUCUAGAGAGAGUGACAAGAUUUUUUCUUGGGUUUGGUGGAGGUAUACCAGCAAGAGUCAAAAUGCUAGAUUCGGAUACAAUCCAGAUAACAAUACCCAUACAUGCCUCUACCAUUAAGAUAAAAACCGGGAUGAAAUGGAAGUAUAAACCAGGUCAAUAUAUCUUCCUUCAAGCUCCAAAGGUUUCAAGGUUUGAAUGGCACCCAUUCACGAUUUCAAGUUGUAUCAACGAUCAAGUUAAACUUCAUAUAAAGACAGAUGGGAAUUGGACCACUAGAUUACGUCGUUUGAUACCUCAAGAUCAAACUGAAGGGGAGAUAAGAGUAGGAUUGAACGGACCGUUUGGAGCUCCCGCACAGAGGUUUUACGAUUUCACGCAUACGAUCUUGGUAGGGAGCGGGAUUGGAGUGACACCUUUUGCGGGGAUAUUGGCCGAUUUGCAGGAAAGGGAUGAGAGGUUACAUGAUACAUCAGAGAGUGAGAAACAUGGUCAAGGCAAUGAUCCCGGUGAGAAGACCAGUUCCAGUACCAGUGCAAAGACAGGAACAACCCUUGGUCAAACGCUCUCACGUACACUCUCACGAGCUCGUUCGCGUAGUCGUCGGAGAUCUACUAUUUCACCUUACCCAUCGGAUUAUCGUCGAGUCGAUUUCCACUGGAUGGUAAGGGAUAAGAAUCAUCUGGGUUGGUUUUCGAACUUACUCAAUUCGAUAUCUCAAUCACAAGAAUAUCAUCAGUCACCCACACAACAUCAAUGCGUGCAUCCUCAUCUGGACAUACGAUUACAAACUCAUGUUACGGCUAAACGUCAAUCGUUGACAACCCACAUCUACCGAUGGCUUCUGGAAAUACAUCGAACCGGAGGAAUACCCACACUCGCCCUUGACGGGCACUAUGAAGAUAUGGUAGAGUAUCAAAGAUCAACCACUCAAAUGGGAGACGAAGGCAGAGCUGGCAGAGCCGGCUCGAAGCUGAAAGACAUUAUCAAAGUCGGAGUGUUCUUCUGCGGGGCGCCGAUGAUAGGUGAGAUAUUGGCUGAUAGAUGUAGAGCAUUGAAUAAGAGGGGUGAAGAAGAGGGAGUGGGUAUAAGGUAUCAUUUCAUGAUAGAGGUUUUUGGCUAA